AUGGCAAUACAGCGGACAAUGCAGAGCACGGCAUUUGAAAUGCGAUGGCAACCGCCCAUGCAAUGGGUGCCGGAAACGAGGAGUCGAUUGCGCAUAUGCGGAGCUUCCGACCUUUCUUGCAACGAGAGGGAUCUUGAGACGUCGGAAGAUGCUGCAGCGACAACAGAUCGGAGUCGAGGACCCAUGUCUAUAUCCUUUGUGAAUGAAACUCACAGGAUCGAAAGCAACUACACGAUCAUCUCGGCAGACGAGCAUACGCCUGAUACUGCCAGCUCAUCUGCGUCAUUAUCUCAUCACACUCCUAACUAUUCCAGCCUCCAGCAUAGUCCCCCUAUAGUGGUAUCCUCAGAUCUCUCUCCGCAUGGUGGACCGCAACCGCAACCGCAACCGCAGACAGUUGCGCCGUUCCCCUUAGUCAAUCCCAUCACAUCUCCCCCUGAUGCCUUUUUUAUGAACCGAUACUGCACUGUCAUUGGGCCGUGGUUCGACCUGUUCGAUUUCCGGAGGCGGUUCUCGCUCGAGGUCCCGCAUCUGGCGUUGCAGAAUCGCCUACUCCUUCUCUCCGCGAUGGCCUGCGCUGCCAGACAACACCAUCUAACCUCCGCCCAGCCGGUCAAGACGGCGCUGACAUACUACGACGAGGCCCUGCAAUUGCUGGGGGUCUCGUUGAAGGACUUUUCACGGUCGUCGUCAGCUGCGGUGUUUGCAUCCUGCUUACUGCUUGCUCACUGCGAGAUGAUUGGCGCCAGCACCCGGGACUGGCAUCUCCAUCUUUCAGGAGCUCUGUCGCUCGUGACGACCCAUGGCUGGCACAGGUGCACAGCCGGACUGGGACAAGCUUGUCUCUGGAUCUACUAUCGAAUGGAUAUUCUGUCCUCCCUUGCAACCGCAGAGAGUACCAGGCUUCAGACCAAUUUCUGGGAUACUGCAGGCGACGGAGUCAGCUGGACCAUUGAGUCGUGGUCGAAUCACGCCGUGCUUCUACUAGCAGAGGUGCACAACCUGCUCUGUGACGUGCGAGAA